CCAAUUUAGUAGGUUAGGCAAAAAGAAUAAACAAAUCAAACAAGGGACUCAAAAACAACCCAAGGUUUCUAUACCAUUUCUUUUUUGCCAACCAAGUUAGUUUAUUAGAAUAUAUGCUCUUGGAACCAUAUAUAUACUAGGAAGAAUCUAACUCUUGUCAUCAAAGCACUAGCAUUUGCAAUCCUAUAACUCAUUUUGCUCAUAUAAACCACCUUCCUCCAUUUGAAAUCAAGUAGAAAAGAAAGAUGAGUGUAGAAAUAUUGGAUGGUGCCACCAUUGUCAACUUCCUUGAGGAUGAAGAAGCGUUUAAUAUCUCGGUAUGCAACCGGUUCGCUCUCCUUGACACAAACAAGGACGGUCUUCUCUCCUAUGAGGAGAUGCUGAAGGAGCUCCAGUGCCUGAGAGUUCUAGAGACCCACUUUGGCAUUGAUGUGAAGCCUGACCCUGAUGAGCUUGGUCGCGUUUACAAGUCAUUGUUCAUCCAAUUCGACCAUAACUUGAAUGGUUCAGUUGAUCUAGAAGAGUUCAAGAUGGAAACCAGGGAGAUGAUGCUUGCCAUGGCAGAUGGAAUGGGUUUCUUGCCAGUUCAGAUGGCCCUUGAAGAAGACAGCAUCCUGAAGAGAGCUGUUGAAAGGGAGUGCAAUAAAGUCGUUGCUUAAGUACUAUGCUACUUAAGCUUGAGUUUUAACAAGUUCUGCAAUUAUUUUAAUAUCUAAUGUCCUGUUUGUUUAUAACUGUUUUCAGUUAUCUGCUUACACUAUCUUAAUCUGAGGUUUUACGUCUGUCGGAAAAGGAUAAUGGAAUUGUACUUACAAGAAUGAUUAAUCAAUUCAUA